GGCGCGGGGCCCAUCUGCGGGAGGCAGACCUGCCGCCCAGCACGACCGGCCUCCUCCGGAGCGGUGGGUUUAACUCGGCUGUUUGAAAACGCCACGGACGUGAUGCAAAUCCAGCCCUUGCUUGCGAGCGCAUCUUGCAUUCUCUGAAAUGCAGGAUGGGGCCGGAUAGGCAGGAUUUAACUGGACUUUCACCUUACCCUGGCAAUCUGCAAUGGGAAAACAACUGACGCCAGUGUCCAGCAAGGAUGGGGGAUGCCAGCAGCCCUGCCCCUUGCACAGCCUGGUUCCCUGGGGUCCCCCCAGCCACAGCUUCUGCCUGGCCCUGUAGGUGAGGUUGGACUGCCGAAGCCGUUGCUGGAUCAUCCCAAGGAGGAACAGGAGAAGCAAAGCUCAUCUUGUUGACCUUUUUCCCUGGCCCGGAGCACCUUGCUGGGCUGUCACAUGGGUGAUCCCCACCGAGGACAAACCAGGGGUGUCUGCGGCCGGGUCUCAUCCUUUGGAUGCUCCUGGGCUUCCCCCUGCUGCGACGGGACCACUCCGGGGGGAAUUUCACCUUGCCAAGAGGAAGGACUUUGCAUACGGAGGUGGAGUGGCCUUGGGGUGCACGCGGAGACGGCUUCACACACCUCCCCGCCCCGAGUUGGGAAAGGCAUUUCUGGUCCCUGGGAAGGGACAUCCCAUGCUGGGACUGUGAGCAUCACCUCUUCGGAUCAACUUUCUGCUCCCGCCGCUUCCCCAUGACCUGGAGCAAAGGCUGGGAAGGAGGAAAAGAGGAGUCCUCUGCUGCAGAAAACGCCUUGCGGGUGCCGCAUGGGAAAGCAGGGGAGCGAUGCUCUGUCCUCUAUUCUGCUGGACAGUUUUUCUUCGAGUACCUGGUGGUGGUGUCGCUGAGGAAGACAUCAGAUGGACGUUAUGAACCCAAGAUAACCUACCAGUUCCCAAAGCGCGAGAACUUGCUGAAGGGCCAGAAGGAGGAGGAGGAGCGCCUCCUGCAAGCCAUCCCCCUCUUCUGCUUCCCCGACGGCAACAACUGGGCCCCUGUCACUGACUUCACCAGCGAAACCUUUUCUUUCGUCCUGACCAAUGUGGAUGGCAGCAGGAAGAUUGGCUACUGCAGGCGGCUGCUGCCAUCCGGCCGUGGUGACCGCCUCCCUGAGGUCUUCUGCAUCAUCAGCUGCCUGGGCUGCUUCGGGCUCUUCUCCAAGAUCUUGGAUGAGGUGGAGAAGAGGCGCCAGAUCUCCAUGGCAGUGAUUUACCCCUUCAUGCAGGGCCUUCGGGAAUCGCCCUUCCCAGCUCCAGGGAAAACUGUCACCAUUAAAAGCUUCAUCCCCGAGUCAGGCACAGAGCUCAUCGAGCUCACGCGGCCCGUGGAUGCCCACCUGGAGCACGUGGAGUUUCAGGCUCUGCUCCAGCGCCUCAGCCCCCACCUCAUCCUGCACAUUUUCGCCUCCGCCGUGUUGGAGCGACGGCUCAUUUUCCUGGCGGAGGAGCUGAGCGUCCUGUCGCAGUGCAUCCACGCGGUGGCUGCUCUCCUCUACCCUUUCACCUGGGCUCACACCUACAUCCCUGUGGUCCCCGAGUGCCUGCUGGACACCGUCUGCUGCCCCACACCCUUCAUGGUCGGCAUCCAGAUGCGGCACCUGGAGCGGGUCCUGGACCAGCCGAUGGAGGAGGCUCUGAUGGUUGACCUCUGCGAAGGGAAGAUCCUCCGGGCGGUCGGCGAUGAGGAGGAGAUCUUGCCCAUCAAGCUGCAGAAUGAGAUGCUGAUGUCUCUGAACAGGCACAACAACAACAACAACGUACACACAUCCGAGCAGGUGAAUGCACUCGUCUCUGAAGCCUUCGUGCAGUUCUUCGUCCGAAUGGUUGGCCACUACGCCUCACACAUCAAGUGGAGUAAAAACGGCUCCGGCACCUUCCAGGAGCGAGCCUUCUGCAAGGCCAUCGCCUCCAAGACCAACCGCAAGUUUGUGAAGAAGUUUGUGAAGACAAACAUGUUUUCCCUAUUUAUUGAGGAAGCGGAAAAGAGCAGGAUCCCACAGGAAGCGUAUUUCCAGCAGAAGAUAACAGAGUACCACGAACAGAAGAAGCACCGAAGGGACUCCUGAAGUCCAGCCUGGGAACACCGGAGCAGGGCUGGGACUGAGCAGGUCCCCGCCAGCAGCACCACGCUGCGCAGACUCGACACGUGCCCUGGCCGAGGGCAGAGCGCGCCGGACUCCGCUGGACCUGUCCGCCGGUUCCCACCCGUCUGCGACUCAUGAGAUGCGUGGGCAGCACUGAACACCAGUUUCCACCCUUUCUUUUUUCCUCAGGGCAGCGUUGCGCUGGCAAACUCUUUUGCACAGAGCUAGCAAGCAGGCUGGGAUUUCUUUUCUGACCUUGCUAGCAACCGGGACAAACCACGACUCGCAGCGCCCGGCCCCGCGCAGAGUCUGUGGCCCCAUCAGGACCUCACGCGGCGAGGGAGGGACGUCAGGGAGCUGGCUGCAGGACA